GCUCAGAUUACUGUGACGCUGUCUUGCUGUGCUGAGCAGUUUUAGUUUCUAUUCUCUGUUGUGAUGUGGAUGAACCGCCCUCUGCUGUUUCCUUACCUCACUACAGAAAUCUGAGACAUAUACAGAGGAGUAGGUCUUGCAUCAGGCUAUUACAAAGGCCUUAGACUUCAGGCUGUAUCAGGAGCCCAGGGACCAUGUCGGACCCCGCAGUCACCGCCUACCUGACCAAACUGUUGUGCUCACACGGUGGUCGGCUGGAGAGGGAUCAGUUAAGAGAACUCCUUGAUCUUCCAGCAGAGCAAAUCGAGCAGAUCCUGCAGGAUGAGGUUCUCAGGUUCCCGCAGAGCUCCCAGAUGGUCCUGGCCCAGAGUUCCCUGAGGAUCUGUGAUCGAUACCUGUUUCCAAAGGGGGAAGAGGAGGAUGAGAACUGCUCCAAAUUGCACCUGUGCCGCCACUACCUGAGGGGCCAGUGUCCUCCCUACCGGAGGCCUCGAUGCAGAUUCUCCCACGACGUCCUGUCUGACCACAACCGCGCCGUGCUAAAAGCCAAUGACCUGAGCGGACUGAAUGAGGAUGAAAUCACAGUUCUGCUGCUCCAGAAUGACAACCUACUGCUGCCAGAGGACUGUUCAAAAUACAUGCACUUCUGUUGUGACAAAGGAGAUGAUUGUACGCGCCUCCACACGUGCAGAUAUUUUAGACUGGGAGAAUGCAACUCACGCUUUUGUAAAAGAUCGCACAAUCUCCUGGAAUCGAAAAUUAUACUCACCUGUGGCUGGCUGAGCCAGAAGACUGUUCAGAACUUUCAGAUACUCUGUGACCUGAAGCACAACGAGAGACAUCAGCAGCCAUGGGAGCAGGCUAAUUGUGAGGCCAGGAAGGCUCAAUGGCCUGCAAGAGGGAGAGGGAGAGGGAGAGGAAGAGGAAGAGGAAGGCCAACACAUAGAAAAAGAGAUGGCUCCCUGGACUUGUUGGAGGGAAGGAGCAGAGAAAGAAAAUUUGACGGGGCCCGCUUUCCGUUUCGAUCUACCAGUCGCCCAUCAUCUCAGUGCAGUAAUGGUCAACUUUCUGGAGAUGAAGUUAAUGACAGCUCCAAUGAUAGUGAUCAUAGCACACAUUCAGAAAAGAGCAUUGACAACAUAAAAAAACCUUGUCAUAUCACAAUACCUCAGCCAAAUCCAUUUCGUGGAUUUGGUAGACCACCAAGUCCUGCAGUGGCAGAAACCUCCAAAGUUCCAGCAACAUCUUUAACAACACCAGUAACCUCUCCUAUGGGGGCUUCACUUAAGGCUGAAACAAAACUAAGUACAGAUAAUGUUCCACCAAAACUUUCCACAGCUUUCAAUGUAACAAAGGACUCUUCUCUAAAAAGUUCCUGUGUUCCUGACCAAAAACGUAAUACAGAACUUGGUAAGAUGGCGGGUUCUUUAUUGCCUGGAACAAGCAAUAUUUCUCUGGCAUCCUCAUCGACAUCAAAAACAUCAUUGUACUUUCCUGGAGAAAUUUCAUAUGCUGCUCAGCCAAAACAAGUUAGUGUAUCUGGUAGAUCAUUGAAUCUGCCAGAAGCAGGAGCAUCUAAGGUUCAAACAAUACCUUCAACAACAUUGAGAACCUCUUCUAUGGGGACAGCAACAAUGAUUGGUACUGAUAAUUCUUCACUAAAGACUUUGGCAACUUCAAAUAUAACAGAAACAUUGUCAACAAAAAGUUCAUCUGUUCCUGACCAACAAAUUAAUAGGGAAUUUGGUAAGAUGGCAAGCUCUCCAGUGACUGGUCCAGCUAAUGUUUUCAAAACUCCUUCACCAACACUACAAAUGCCACCUACUAGAGAAGAGUCAUAUACUGCUCGACCAAAACCAAUGACUUCUCCAGGUAUUGUUCAGCUUAUUUCACCUUCAAGUCCUUCACAUCCUCUCAGUUCCUCUAGUGAUUCAUUCAGAACUGAUACAUAUUCCAACAAACCGUAUGCCAGUGUAGAACCAAUGACAAAAUCGAAUCUAUCAAGUGGCAACCAAUAUACUGUAACUAGUGGUGAAAAUAAAGCUUUUAAUCUGUCACCAAAAUCCACCAACUCUACAGCUUCUCAACCUCAAUCAGCCACUACUAUUCCUUUGCCCGCUCCUAGUAAAGCAUCGGCUGCCAAAACUCCAGAAAUUUGUCUGUCGAAUAUUUGGAAGUUCUGCAAGCUUGGAGAUAGGUGCUCCAAUAUGCACUACUACCUACCAUACCGUUGGCAGGAAUUUAAUGGAACAGAUUGGAUGGACCUGCUAGAUAUGGAGUCCAUAGAGAAGGCAUAUAGUGAUCCAAACAUUGUCGGGUACCAGUCGGUUCAUUUCCAGACUAUGAAAGCGGGAACCAGACGUGUCCGCAGACUCACCACCCUGUCAUCUGUCACAAAGCCCUCUGAAUACGUACUAACCACUGAGUGGAUUUGGUACUGGAAGGAUGAGUUUGACGCCUGGAUCAAGUAUGGCCAAAUGAACACAAAGAAAGUGAGUUCCUCCAUUUGCUCAUCAGACCUGGAGAACGUCUACCUCUCUGACCCGGCCGGGACCAUUCAAUUCACUGCUGGGGGGCAGAAUUACAUCAUCAACUGCCAAGAGAUGAAGCAGAGAAACAUUCAUUAUCAGACUGAGAAGGAAGUAUGCCGCAGACCCAAGUUCCUGGAUUUUGAGAAAGUGAAGAUGUUGAAAGGAAGCACCAAAUCUGCUGCAGACAGUUUAAAGCAGAAGUCAUCGAACCCCCUUCUCAAGACGGUAAAUUACCCACCGCUUUGGUGCACAAAGUCCAUGCCAGAGAUCGGGUAUCAGAAAGUCUUUGUACUGGAGAAUUCUGGAGAGUUCUCAAACAUUUUCAAAAUGUUUAGCAAAACGGUCUCCGGGCAUGUGGUGAAGAAACUGUGGCGUGUUCAGAACCCCUCCCUCUGGCAGGUCUAUCAGUGGCAGAAGGAUCAGAUGAAAAAGAAGAAUUUGGAUAUCAAUGUGGAUGAACGGCAGUUGUUCCACGGAACGAACGGGGCCAAUAAUGAAGCCAUUUGCAGGGAUAACUUUGAUUGGCGUGUCUGCGGCACUAAUGGCACCGUGUAUGGACAAGGAAGUUAUUUUGCAAGAGACGCAUCCUACUCCCACAACUACUCAGUGCCCACCCCUACAGGAACACGAAUCAUGUUUGUAGCUCGUGUGCUGGUUGGUGACUUUGCCGUAGGAGAUUCCAAGAUGAGACGUCCACCUGAGAAACCCAACAAAACCCAGAGUUAUGACUCCUGCGUUGACAACAUCCAUGCUCCGUCCAUCUUCGUGGUGUUUGAGAAAUUCCAAAUCUACCCAGAGUACAUCUUGGAGUAUGAGGAAGAGAAGAAGUCUUCCUGUGUCAUUAGCUGGCAGGAGCGGCGCGGUGAAGUGUUACGCUUGGAACCACCGACUGAGUCUCCCCGGGAGUACAAGGUGGACUGGAUCACUGGGACUGUGACCGCGGAGGAGGAGGCCCCAUGGCCGGAAUCCUCCCCAACUACAGUAGUCGUUGAUCCGGAGGUGGUGACCGUCUCAUCCACAUUGACCCUGCCAUCGGCUGCUACCCCAACCGUGUCACCGGAGGUUAGCGAUGUGGAUGAUAAAGAGUGUGUGCCCAGUGUGGAAGCAGAUGCCGUACCGGAGACGGCACUAACCAAUGUGGUCUCUGUGUGGCACACUAUUGCUAAAAUGGGCCCCGUUCAGGCCUCCCGCGGCUGUGGUCAAGGCCUGCCUGUGAGCAAGACUGAUACAGCGGCAGCCAAUAUCUUUGCCGGAGGGCAUACAUGCCUGCCCGCUGAGGAGUAUGACACAUCGGACUUGGACUCUUUAUCUGAUGAUGGGGAUAAUAAAUGGUUCGAACCAGAGUUUCCCGAGUCACAGUGGGGUAAAGGCUCCCGAGCCAGCAAGUCCCUAGACACUUCAAGCUGUAUCAGGGGCCCAGGGACCAUGUCGGACCCCGCAGUCACUGCCUACCUGACCAAACUGUUGUGCUCACAUGGUGGUCGGCUGGAGAGGAAUCAGUUGAGAGAACUCCUGGAUCUUCCAGAGGAACAAAUCGAGCAGAUCCUGCAGGAAGAGGUUCUUAGGUUCCCGCAGAGCUCCCAGAUAGUCCUAGCCCAGAGCCCCCUGAGGAUCUGUGAUCGAUACCUGCUGCCAAAUGACCCAGAUGGGGAAAAGGAGGAGGAAGAGAAGUGCCCCAGAUUGCACCUGUGCCGCUACUACCUGAGAGGACAGUGUAGGUUUCACUGCAGAUUCUCCCAUGAUGUCUUUUCUGACCACAACCGUGCCGUGUUAAAAGCCAACGAGCUGAGUGGACUGGGUGAGGAUGAGAUCAAAGUACUGCUGUUACAGAAUGACAACCAACUGCUGCCGGAGGAUUGUUCAAGUUACAAGCAAGGCAGCUGUGACAAAGGAGAUGAUUGUACGCACCUCCACAUGUGCAGAUUUUUUACACGAGGAGCAUGCAAAUUCCGCUUAUGUAAAAGAUCGCACAAUCUCCUGGAAUCGAAAAUAAUACUCACCUGUGGCUGGCUGAACCAGACGACUGUUCAGAACUUCCAGAUGCUCUGUGUACUGAAACACAAUGAAAGACAUCAGCAGCUACCAGAGGAGACUAAUUGUGAAGAGGCCAGAAAGGCUCAAUGCCCAGCAAAAGGCAGAGGAAGAGGAAGAGGGAGAGGAAGAGGGAGAGGAAGACCAAGACAUAGAAAAAGAGAUGGCUCCCAGGACUUGUUGGAGGGAAAGAACAGAGAAAGACAUUUUGAGGGGCCCCGCUUACCAUUUCAAUCUACCAGUCGCCCAUCCUCUCAGUGCAGUAAUGGUCAACUUUCUGGAGAUGAAGAUAAUGAUGACAGCUCCAGUGAUAGUGAUCAUGUCACACAUUCAGAAAAGAGCAAUGACAACAUAAAAAAAACUAAAAAAAGGCAUUCGAGGCCAACUAGUAAAAAGACAUGCCCAACAACCACUCAAAUAAGGCCUCAGCCAAAACCAGUUAUUGGAUCUGGUAGACAACCGAGUCCUUCAGUGGCAGGACCAUCCAACGUUCCAGGAACAACUUCAACAACACCUGUAACCUCACCUAUGGGGGCUUCACUUAAGGCUGAAACAACACUUAGUACAGAUAAUGUGCCACCAAAACUUUCAGCAGCCUCCAACGUAACAGAGAACUCUUCUGUAAAAAGUUCAAUAAUCCCUGACCAAAAUCGUAAUAUGGAACUUGGUAAGAUGACAAGUCCUUUAUUGCCUGGACCAGGCAAUGCUUCUCCAGGUUAUUUAUCAAUAUCAAAAACAUCAUUGUAUUUUACUGGAGAAAUUUCAUAUGCUGCUCAACCAAAACAAGUUAGUGUAUCUGGCAGACCAUUUAACCCUCCAGAGGCAGGAGGAUCCAAGGUUGCAUCAACACCUUCAAUAACACCAGUAACCUCAACUAUGGGGACUUCACUUAGGGCUGAAACAAGGCUUAGUACAGAUAAUGUUUCACCAAAACUUUCAACAGCUUCCAACGUGACAGGGAACUCUUCUGUAAAAAGUUCAUUUAUUCCUUACCAAAAAUUGGUAACGUCUCCUAUGGGGGCCUCACCUAAGGCUGAAACAAGUACUAUUAGUACUGAUAAUGCUUCACCAAAACUUUCAGCAGCUUCCAACGUGACAGGGAACUCUUCUGUAAAAAGUUCAUUUAUUCCUUACCAAAAAUUGGUAACCUCUCCUAUGGGGGCCUCACCUAAGGCUGAAACAAGUACUAUUAGUACUGAUAAUGCUUCACCAAAAACCUCAGCAUCUUCCAAUAUGACAGAGAAUUCAUCAACAAAAAGUUCAUCUAUUCCUGACCAAAAACUGAUUAUAGAAUUUGGUAAAAUGACAAGCUCUUCAAUGACUGGCCCAAGUAAAGUUUUCCAAACAUCUUCACCAACACUACAAACAUCACCUACUAGAGAAGAUUUAUAUACUGCUCGACCAAAACCAGUUAGUUCUACAGUUACUGUUCAGCGUAAUUCACCUUCAAGUCCAUCAAAUCCUCCCAGUUCCUCUAGUGGCUCUUUCAGAACUGAUGCAUCUUCCAACAAACCGUAUGCCAGUGUAGAACCAAUGACAAAAUCUACUCUACCAAGUCGCAACCAAUAUACCAUAAUUAGUAGUGAAAAUAAAGCUUUUAACCUGCCAAAGUCCACCAACUCUACAACUUCUCAACCUCCAACAGCCACCACUUUCUCUUUGCCAGCGCCUAGGAAAGCAUCGGUGGACAUAACACCAGAAAUUUGCCUGUCUAAUAUUUGGAAGUUCUGCAGGCUUGGAGGUUUAUGCCCCAAAAUGCACUUCUACCUACCAUACCGCUGGCAGGAGUUCAAUAGAACAGAUUGGGAGGACCUGCCAAAUAUGGAAUUAAUAGAGAAGGCAUAUUGUGAUCCAAACAUGCUCAGGUACCAGUCAGUUGAUUUCCAAACUAUGAAAGCAGGUACCAAACGUGUCCGCAGACUCACCACCCCGUCAUCUGUCACAAAACCCUCUGAGUACGUACUAACCACUGAGUGGAUUUGGUACUGGAAGGAUGAGUUUGGCACCUGGACCAAGUAUGGCCAAAUGAACAUAAAGAAAGUGAGUUCCUCCAUUUGCUCAUCAAACCUGGAGAUCGUCUACCUCUCUGACCCGGCCGGGACCAUUCAGUUCACUGCUGGAGGCCAGAAUUAUAUCAUCAACUGCCAAGAGAUGAGGCAAAGGAAUGUUCAUUAUCAGACUGAGAAGGAAGUGUGCCGCAGACCCAAGUUUCUGGAUUUUGAGAAAGUCAAGAUGUUGAAAGGAAGCACCAAAUCUGCUGCAGACAAUUUAAUACAGAACCCCCUUCUCAAGACGGUAAAUUACCCAACGCAUUGGUGCAUGAAGUCCUUGCCAGAGGUCGGGUAUCAGAAAGUCCUUGUACUGGAGAACUCUGGAGAGUUCUCAAACAUUGUCAAAAUGUUUACCACAACAGUCUCCGGGCAUGUGGUGAAGAAACUGUGGCGUGUUCAGAACCCCUCUCUCUGGCAGGUCUAUCAGUGGCAGAAGGAUCAGAUGAAGAAGAAGAAGAAUUCAGGUAUCAACGUGGAUGAACGGCAGUUGUUCCACGGAACGGACAGAGCCAAUGUCGAAGCCAUUUGCAGGGACAACAUUGAUUGGCGUGUCUGCGGCACUAAUGGAACCGUGUAUGGACAAGGAAGUUACUUUGCAAGAAACGCAUCCUACUCCCACAACUACUCUGUGCCCACCCCUGCAGGAACACGAACCAUGUUUGUGGCUCUUGUGCUGGUCGGUGACUUUGUUGUAGGGGAUUCCAAGAUGAGACGUCCGCCUCAGAAAUACAACAAAACCGAGAGUUAUGACUCCUGCGUAGACAAUACCCACUCUCCUUCCAUCUUCGUGGUGUUCGAGAAAUUCCAGGUCUACCCAGAAUACAUCUUGGAGUAUGAGGAAGAGAAGAAAAAAUCUGCCUGUGUCAUUAGCUGAGAGGGAACCGUAUCUUCACAAAGUUCCAGUUCCAAAGUAAAAUCAAUCCAAUUUACUGUG